GGAAGACUUUGGCUGUGUUUGGUAAUUAGGGUUUCCGCUAGAAAUUGGCAGAUUUGACCAAUUUUGCUGUUUCAAGAAUAGGAAAUGCCGUUUUUUUCAUGUUUGGUAAACAGAGGUUUUGCCUAGCGUUUUUACAUGGAUCCGCCAAAAGCAACACGCUACAACCAGGAGCGUUUAGAGGUUGGCCUUUUCAAAUAAUUAUUAGAUUGACAAAUCUGUCCUCUCAUCUUUUAUUAUGUUUUCCGGUGCCAUUGUUGAAAGCCUGCUACGUUCUCACUGCUUCUCUGAGACACUGGGAGUAUGAAACCCCUUUUAUUAAGAGCUCCUUAUUCUUAGAUCUACUGUCAGUCUAUUGCCACAACCUACUGCCGCCUGCUGCUAUAGUGCAAUCACCGCCUUUCGCUGGAGUUCCAUCGCAGUCGGUCGCCAAAAAUUAACUACCAUCGAUUGCUGGUCGCCGCCCCUUGAAUUUCCCCCAUCUCAUUGCCACCGAUAUGUCAGAAUCUCACUCCUGGUUUGCCGUCAUCAUCGGGCAACUACGUCACCAACGAACUGACUUUGACUA